AAUAGGAUCAGAUACAUGGAGGGUCUCAAGAGUUUCAAGUGCUUCUUCAUUGCCAUCUCUUCAAUUGCAUUAGUGAUGUCAGUGAUUCCAGUACUACAGGGCCAGAUGAGUAGAUCAUGCACAACCUCUAUGAUCACUAGCUUCACCCCAUGCAUGAGUUACAUCACAGGAAGUGCAGCAAAUGGAUCUUCUCCAACUGCAGAUUGUUGCAGAUCUCUUGGGACUCUUAUGAACACUAGCAUGGAUUGUGCAUGUCUUGUUGUCGCUGGAAAUGUUCCUUUACGCCUACCCAUCAAUCGAACCCUUGCCGUUUCACUACCCCGUGCGUGUAACAUGUCUGGUGUGCCGGUUCAAUGCAAAGCCACUGGUUCUCCUCUUCCUGCUCCAGGUCCUAUAGCAUUUGGGCCAACUCUGUCUCCCCCAGCUUCUGCAGUCCCCAAAUCGACAUCUCCAGCUCUGGCACCACAAGCAGAACUCCCUACAGGAUUAACUCCGGCAUCUACACCAGUGAGCUCAGAAACUCCGGCGAGUUCAGGGAUCCGUCCGGUUCUAUCCCCAUCAGCCGCCAAUCCCUCUGAGAGUUUCUCACCAUCUCUCCUAUUAUUUGCUGUAGGAGUUCUGGCUUUGAAGUACUAUUAAGUCUGAGAUUCUAUAUAUUGGUUGUGUUUAGUCUGAGUGUAUCCUCUAUAUAUUGAGCAUCUAUUGGCGAUUGUAUUG